AUGGUGACGAUCUGUACCUACAAUGCACGUACGCUUGCAUCCAAGUCUACUAUAGAAGACUUGCCCCUGCAAGCAAGAAGGAUAAAGUGCGACGUCAUCGGCCUGGCCGAGACGAGAAGACGCCAGCCAUUCAACGCCGUCUAUGAUACCAGAGAAGAAGUGUUUCCCGGAACAUGCGACAGUAGAGGAGUCGGCGACGGCGGCGUUCUCGACAACACGAAUUUGUCAUUGAACAUUGAUUCAUUCGAACAACUUACAAACCGAAUCGGACGUCUACGAUUACAAGAUGCAGAUCAAUAG